CAACAGCCGAGUGCAGUUGACUGUGAGUGGCACACAACUUUCUUCUCCUCCAGAGUCUCCCCACUUGGCCCUCCCCCCAUCUGGUUUUUCUUGUUGACACGUGCAUUCGUCUUGCUAGCCACAAUGUCGUUCCCAACUGGAGUUCUCCUGGCAAUGGCCCUCGUUACGCUGGUACAAUCGUUUACCGUCCGAACAAUGCAUCGAUCACGAUGUUUACUCCCUCGACAACGGAAAGUAGCGGUUGUAGCCGUACAAAAGGACAGCGCCGACAAGGAAUUAUCCAUUGACUGGGACGGAGGUGGGAAAUUGCAAGGAGCAGAGAACGAAAAGUCUCCGAGAAGUUCAGGAAUGGAAGACGACCUUGGAAAUAUACAAAUACCCUCUACGGGUAUCUCGGUCAGUGACGAAAUCGAAGCGAGUCAGAAAGACCGCUUCGUGACGGAAGUAGUGCCAGUCAAGGAUCUUCCUGGAGUAGCGCAGCUGGUGACAUCAGCCACCGUGAUGGGAUCGUUUGAGCCAGUCCGGUAUCUCGUUUCUUUGUCACCACCAAAAGCCCAAAACGUUGGUGACGAUGAGCAGACCUUCAAAGAAGAGUGUUUGACAUUUGCCAUGGUGGACGUCCCUCCCUUUUCGCGUCAGCUGGUCACCCGCAUGAAGGCCUACAUGGGAGUCAAUUCCAAGCUGAAAGUGAUACUCGUCACCAGUCGCAAUGCCAUACACUACGACGAAGCCGUUACAAUCUACUCGACCCGUCGAGCCGAUCUGGAUCUGUGGGCGCAGACCUUUUCUGGCGUGGAAAUUGUAUCCUACCGUCUGGAUACUCCGCGCGAUUGUCGAGCUGCGGUAACGCAGUGUUUGGACGGGUACGGCCCGUUUGCUUUGGACGAAAAAACGCAUCCGGGAAAUGUGACGUUUGUGGAGUCUGGACGGCCACUGACCCGCUUGGAAUGGGACCACGACGUUGCUCAAGAGGUGCUGAGUGGACAGACACCACCCGAUGACGAAAUGGAGGUAGACGACGAAUACUCGCUGGAUUCAAUUCGAAUAAAGGAAGAGGGAAGCCGUAUUCUUGCCAUCUUUACACCAGGACACUCAUUCGGGAGUGUCUCCUACGUCUUCCCGGAAACAAAGUGGAAGACACACGCGCAGAAGAGAAUUGGGGCAUCGGCGGAGCUGGCCCAGCUCUGGAUUGUCGUGGAUAUAUCACGACAAACCGUGCCGGAAUCAAUAGACAAGUGGAAUCGGCCCGAUCCUUAA